AUGGGGUCGCAGACGCUGCAGAUCCUCCGGCAGGGGGUGUGGGCCGCGCUCAGCGGGGGCUGGUACUACGACCCGCACCAGGCCACCUUCGUGAACGCGCUGCACCUCUACCUGUGGCUCUUUCUUCUCGGCCUGCCCUUCACCCUCUACAUGGCCCUUCCUUCUUCCAUGAUUAUAGUAGCAGUUUAUUGUCCUGUGAUAGCUGCUGUUUUCAUUGUUCUGAAGAUGGUCAACUAUCGACUCCACAGAGCCCUGGAUGCUGGAGAGAUUGUAGAGAGGAAUGCAAAUGAGUUCACAGAUCAGCGAGCCAAAACUGAGCAAGGCAACUGUUCAACACGGAGAAAAGAUAGCAAUGGCCCGAGGUAA